AUGACAGGACUGGGACUUCCCUUUUCCUUCACUGCUCUAUCGCCAGCACUCAAAAGAGGACCUGGCACAAAGAGCGGCUCUGAUUUUCUUCAAAAUAUCAAAGGAAGUCUUUUUUCAUCCAGUCUGUAUGAUAGAUGGCUUGCUGUUCCUUGUCAAGGGAAGAGGGAGGAUGAGAAAAUAACUGCCACCCGGAGGCUUUUAGACCAGCUGCCAAGAGCCAAUGCUGUGCUCUUGCAGUGUCUUUUCGAGGUAUUAUACAACAUCAAGCAGCACUCUUCAUACAACGAGAUGACCGCAUUUGCCUUAUCACAGCAUAUAGCCCCGAGCCUUCUUUGUCUACCUAACCCUUGCAGCACAGAAGCAGGAAUGUACUUGAUGAAAAGGAUAUCUCUGGUAGAAUUUCUCAUUGAAAACUGCCACAAGAUAUUUGGUGAAGAUGCCACUUCCCUCCUGGGGAAGAGCUCAGUGAACAGUGGUACCAGUGAGGCUACAGUGACAACAGAACAGUCUUCUUGCAUCUCAGCCAGUGACAGUGACAGUGACAGUGAUUCAUAA